GGGUAGAGGAUAGGCCAUAUAUCACAGAUCAAACUCUCUUCUAUCUAUUUAUGACCGUUAGGUGAAGCGGUGACGAGAGGGAGGAGACUGACCUGAAGUAUCGCUUAGACCGAGGAAGAAACCGUCAUGAAAACCUCAAGCAAAAACGGAGUUUCAAAGAUAUACAUCGGUAACCUACCACCGCGCUGCACAGAGCGAGAUAUCGAGGACCUUUGUAAGCAGUUUGGAUCUUUAGAAAGAGCCGACAUUGUGAAAAAUUUCGCCUUUGUGAUAUUCAAUAGUAAAGAUGCAGCCCAUGAAGCAGUGGAGAGGCUUCACGAUUCCACUUUUCAAGGUGUUAGAAUACAAGUUGAAAUGGCAAGAAGUAAGCUUCAUGUGGAUGACAAAGAUGAUAACCAGUGUUAUGAAUGUGGUCAAAAAGGACACUGGGCAAGAGAGUGUCCCAAAAGAUUAGCCAAAGGAGGAAGACGCGGACCACCACCCCCACCACCACCAAGAGGCUCCUCAAGGCGUGAGCUGCCCCCGUCGCCAAGAUCUAGAGCCCCACCACCAAGGGACUCGAGAGAGCCGAGAGAGCCGAGAGAGCCAAGGGAGCCAAGAGAAAGCAGAGACUAUUAUUAUGAGAGGCCACCCCCAAGAAGCUAUGACGAUUACCCUAGGGGGUAUGAUUACGACCGUCCUGUGCCAAGAGGGUAUGAGAGUUAUGACAGAGCCCCGCCACCUGCACGUAGACCUGUUGAAUAUGCCGCUUCCUACAGAGGGAGGAGCAGAAGUCCACCUCCAGCCAGAAGAGAAUACUUACCUCCAAGAAGCUCAGAUCCUUAUGCCAGGGAUCCAUAUGCACGAGAUCCUUAUUACAGCCGGGAAAGUUAUUCACGAGGUGAUGCAUAUUCAAGAGACCCGUACCCAAGGUCUUCAGAUCCUUAUGCAAGAUCCUCUGAUCCUUAUGCAAGAUCCUCUGAUCCCUAUGCAAGCUAUAGACAACCACAGGACAGCUAUGCUUCACCUUAUAGUACAUCACAGGCAAAAAGGUACAGCGAGUCGUCUGCUCCUCCAAGAUCAGCCGCCGGACGGUACUAGUCGUGUCACGUCGUCAAGUCAAACUGUCGCGAUGAAUGAGUCGUAGAAAACUCCCCGUGGAUGCUGUAUUUGAAAGCCAUUCAUUAUACCAGUUGAAGCCUGUGCCUGUCAACGAACAUUUUAUCAACUGAUACAUAUAUGAAUUUGCUUGUUGACUUUCAUUUUAGUUCUUUUGAUAUUAGUUUCCAUAAAUGUGUUUUGAGAAAUUAACAAAAGCUAUAUUUUUCUCUUUAUUGCUACAAAAUGCUGAUUAUGAAAGCGUCGUCUCUUCAGCCCCUGUUAACUGGAAACCCCCUUACAUUAGAUUAGAUUUGCCUAAUUCAAAAGAGAUGUAUGAAACAUUGAAAAUCCUUUCGAUGCUACACAAUAUUCGUUUGAGUUUUGGCUUGCUUCUCUAUCAUGGAACUUUUAAAGGCCAGGCAUAAAAUGUGAACCGUUCACAGGAUUUUUAGAAGUCGUUCUGUUCUAUCACCAGUUCGGACGCUACUUUUUCUAUACGUCGACGAAGUGCAUCAACGAUACAGAUAUGAUCACCGUUUACGAUGCCAACAAGCACGGAUAUCUAAAAGAACAGAUAAAGCAAAAUGCCCAGAAUACCGUAUUAUUGUUCCUUGGUAUGUUAAGAAUACGUAUCGUAUGUAUAGCAGCCAGCGCCCGUCGGGAUUCAUUACUGUAUCGUUCGCCUUGGCACAAAUUGAAUUUCUUGUCACUGAAUAAACGGAUUGAAGCGUGAGUUUAACCUUUGAUCGUAUCUAUUUUCUCUACACUGGAAGUUCCCUUCUUACAUCGAAGAUGUUUCAAGAUAGAGCAUUUUUCAAGUAAGUCACCAAAACCUGUCUAGUUUAGUGGCAUCUUAAAAAGGUAAAAUAUUUUAAUUUGUAGCAAGGUAUGUAUUGUAUAUAUGCUAAGUAUUUCUAACAGCUUUGGUUCAAUAUUGUUUUGGUCAUUAGCUUUCUCGAGCUGACGCGAAGAAGUCUUGUCGUUGUUACUUGCCAUUCGUGGGCAAGUGGUCGGAUCUCACGUCUGGGAGGAUUUUUCGUUUGUUAGUUCGUGUGCCAAACACGUGUUGGGAAGCUCGCGAGCUAGACGUUACAAAUGAUGAUAUGCUCGAUGUGCUGGGUCCAUGCUGACAGUGUUUCUUUCUCGGUUUCAAAACGUUCGUGGUUCUGCUGUUAUUUCGUUUCGAAACUUCGAACAUGGAUUCUAUCGAUCAACUUUUUAAGUCACUAAACUUGAAAAAACCAGACAUAUCCGUGGAAAAUAAUUGAGCGAAAAUUGCAAGUAGAUCAAUUAAAUGUGAAACAACAUGAUCAUAUGACUUGUAGUUGAUGCCAUGUACAUACACAUUGUUUCAUUUUUGAAGUGUGGUUUACAGAAUUCUACGAAAUUAUCUUGCAACAAAUCCAAGUAAUGGAGUACAUAUUCUUGCAAGUUGUAAUUAUUGUCAGCGUCUUCUCAUCGACAAUACUAAUUUGUUUUGUUUGUUUUUUUCACAGUGUUCUGAUUCCUCUGGCCGCAUAAAUUCACCCGUUGGUGAAGGAGCUGGCGACGCCUACACUGCCGACGCCCACACUGCCGACGCCCACACUGCCGACGCCCACACUGCCGACGCCCAUUCAGUCAAGACCCUUCAGUAUGGCAAUAAAAUCUUGCUUUGGUACUCAAAGCGAGUUUGUUGAUUUGAGGAGAAUUGGUGGAUUUGAUCAUCUCAAUUAGAAAAUAAAGAGAAUGCAGACAAUUAUAAAUAAAUGGCCACCUUCCCAAUGUCGCAUGGCAACUGAUUGAUCAAUUUUCGCACG